UUGCGCCCCGUUCUGCUUUGACAUCAGCUGUUCUGCUGCCUACACACCUCAUCCGCAUCUUUCUGGAAGAGACAUCCUGGUAGAUAUGUUCGUCUUAUUAAUAAUCCUGGGGCUCGGGGUGGUGACGCUGUUGGUGAUUUUAUUCGCUCCACAUAUACGAUAUGCAGCAGGAGCUGUUUGCAGAUCCACGGCUCGUCUGGAUGGGAAGACGGUGCUCAUCACUGGGGCCAACUCAGGAAUUGGGAAGGAGACUGCCCUGGACCUGGCAAUGCGAGGCGCUCGUGUGAUUAUGGCGUGCCGAGACGUUGAAAAGGGCGAGGAGGCGGCUGCCAGCAUACGAGCGGCGUAUCCUGAAGCCAAGGUGGAAGUACGAGAGCUCGAUUUGGCAGACACCUGCUCCAUACGAGCAUUUGCACAGAAACUCCUGAGAGAGGUCAACCAUCUCCAUAUACUCAUCAACAAUGCUGGAGUGAUGAUGUGCCCGUACACCAAAACCAUGGAUGGCUUUGAGAUGCAUAUUGGAGUUAACCAUUUAGGUCACUUCCUGCUGACGUACCUCCUGAUCGGAUUGCUGAGGCGCAGCGCACCGGCCCGCAUUGUGGUGGUCUCAUCUCUGGCUCACAACUUUGGCUGGAUCCGUUUCCAUGACCUUCACAGUCAGGGCAGCUACAACAGCGGAUUAGCAUACUGCCAGAGCAAACUGGCCAAUGUGCUCUUUGCCAGAGAACUGGCCCACAGGCUAAAAGGGACCGGUGUGACUGUGAACUCGGUCCAUCCCGGCACGGUGAACUCAGACCUGACCAGACACUCGACCCUCAUGAUGAUUCUGUUCACAGUCUUCUCCAUGUUCCUGAAAACGCCUCAGGAAGGAGCUCAGACCAGCAUUUACUGUGCUGUAGCAGAGGAGCUGCACUCAGUAUCUGGGAAACACUUCAGUGACUGCACCCCCGCCUUCGUUGCUCCCCAGGGAAGGAGCAAGGAGACGGCCAGCAAACUGUGGGACGUCAGCUGUGAGCUUCUUGGCAUCGACUGGGAUUGAGUCCCCUCUGUACUGCUCGCAUUUCUCAGGCUUCCUUGGAGUCCAUCGCACUUCUGUUCUCACUCAUUUAAUUUGUUUCCUUUCGGUUUUUAGCCUUUUCUUUAUUGUGUAAAACAAUGUGAUUUUUUUUUUGUGCAUUAAGACGCAAUAAGUUUGUUAUUUCGGUGCUCUGCUGCAGCUCCUUAAAUUUGAACCAGUCAACUUUAUCAACAGUUCAUAUUUUAAGACUAUUUUCAUAGCAUAAUGUGAACACAGUAACGCAAAAACUUAAACUUGAUCUUUUUCUAAUGCCAUGACAUACAACUAGGUGUCAAUGCAGGGUAAAAGACCAGCAUUCUUUUAUUUAACAUUUUAUAUUGUUAAUUUCUUCAGAAUUUGCAGUUAAACUAUUUAACUAUUGUGCCAACUUUCUUAAAAAUUUAAAAACUUUGAAGCAGGGAAUAUAUUCUACCAUUUAUCAGAGCAAGUGUGAGCCAUAUUUGAGAGCUGAAUGACAUUAAUGUUCUGUCCGUGUGUCUCCAGAGGUUUCCUUUUGUAGUUUACCGGCUGGAAGCACAGCUGUUCAAAGAUCUCACCUUUUCUUUCUUAGCAUUCCCAUGCAUAGCUGCCUAGAGUUUACAUUCUGUGUUUUAUACAAGUCGGACAUGCCUUUUACUAAAACAACAUUCAUAGUAAGAGUUGAAUGUUUACAUUUUAUGUAAAUAAACUGAAACAUUACAACGAAGGUUUUUCUGUCUUUGCUUUUGUGGCAUCUCAUGCAGAAAAGUUGGUUCCAUACAUGCGACGGGU